GCGCGAAAGAGGACGAAAUAUUAAACUGUGAUUGAGCAUGUUGAUCUAGUAAGCUACGUUCUCGAAAUGUAAACAAGGCUUAUCUAAAUACUAAACGAAAAGUCGUAAAUGCAUAUAGAUUUGGAUAUAAUAAUCUGGUACUACUAUAAUUGUAUCUUCAAUGUAGGUAUAUUAAGUCUGCAGUCUUCCAGAGUAAAUUCUGAUCUUGUUCAUAACCUCUCAUAUUAUCACAACACUUUUUAGCCUUUCUUAUUCUGAUUUAUUUUUUAACUAAAAUGCGUUGUGCUGUGUUUGGUUGUAACAGUAACAAUAACUCAAAGAAAUAUAUCAACAAAACCAUGAAUUUUUUUCGUUUUCCAAAAGAUCCAGAUAUUUGUGAAACGUGGAUAAAUGCUUGUUCACGAGCAGAUAAGUUCAACGUAACUACUGCUAGAAUCUGUCAUCUCCAUUUCAGCAAAGAAAAAGAUUUUGUAAGAUGCUUGAGAGAAGAAUUACUAGGGGAAAUAAAUAAAAGCCGGAGGCAGUUGAAAGAAGGAGUAGUUCCAACAUUAAUGUUGAAUAACUAUGUUCAUGGCCAAAAGGCAAAAACAAUAUAUGCUUUAGUGAAAUCCAAUGAUCAUGUCUCUGGGCAAGGUGAUAUUAGGAUUGAAGAAAGAAUUCUCUUGGAAAAUGAAAAUGAUUUAUCACUUAGUACCAAGAAGACUCAAAUUAAAACAAAGAAACCUGCAAAGAAGCCUGUAAUCAUUAGAAAUUUGAAAAAUAUUACUUUAUUGGGAAAGCAAUUGAAAGUGCAAGGUGGCACUAGAAGUUUUGGUAAUAAUAAUAGAGAAAAAACUAUUAAUAUUCUUCAAAAAUCACAAAUUACCAAUAGGAGUAGUGGAAUCAAGAUAGAAAAGUCAUCAAAUAAACCUGUAAUUAUUAUUAAUAGAGAGAAUACUGGUUCAUUAGGAAAUCCAUUGCAAGUUGAAGGUGACAGAUCUAGUGCUGGCAAUAAUGAUAAUAAUAGUGAAAAAACAGUGGAUGAUGAAAGCACCAAUAGGAAUAGUGGAGUAAAGAUAGAAAAGUCGGAAAAUAAACCUGUAAUUAUUAUUAAUAUCAAGAAUACUGCUUUAUUAGGAAAUAACUUCAAAGUCAAAAGUGACAAAUUUAGUGCUGGCAAUAUUAAUAGUGGAAAAGCACUGGAUGAUGAAAGCAUUCUUCAAAGAUCACUUGCUACCAAUACAAGUAAUGGAAUCAAGAGAGAAGAUCCAACAAAUAAUACUGAAAUUAUUACAAAUUUAUUAGGAAACCACUUGAAAGUGGAUUGUAUCAGAUCUUGUGCUAGCAGCAACAUUACAACCAACAGCAGUGCUGAAAUCAACGCACAAGGUCCAUCAAAGAACUAUGUAAUCGAAGGUUUGGUAGAGACACUCUCAAAUGCAACAAAAGGUAGCUCCUGCAGUGGAAAUAUAAGUAUUGAAAAAGCGGUGAAUGUUGAAAACGUUUCACAAAGAUUAAUAAUUACUAGUAGAAGUAUUGGAACUAAUACCGAAGGUUCUUCAGAUAGUAAAAAAAUUAUUGCGGAAUUGGAGCAGAAGAUUGCUGUAUUGGAAUGGCAGUCGAAGGGUUUGAAAAAUAUCUUCUCGCCAGCGCAAAUAAAGAGAAUUAACGAACCACUCAAACGUCCUAGAUGGUCGGAAGAAGAUAUUAGUGAUUCCAUUGUUCUUUUUGCAAAUGGACCAAAAGUCUACAAAUUGCUAUUAGAAAAAGGAUAUCCCUUACCUGCGAUCAAUACUCUCCGAUUAUGGAUGAAGAACGCUAACAUUAAAAACCUGUAUUUAAAAACGAAGAUGCAUAGUGGAACUAAGAGGGAUAAAACAAUAUCCAACAAAAUAAAGAAAACUAAAAAUUUAUUACCUAACAUGCGUUGUGCUGUAUUCGGAUGCAACAGUGAUAAUCAGACAAAGAGGGAAUUCGAUAGAACAAUAAAGUUUUUUCGAUUUCCCGUUAAAGAUCCAGUCGUUUGCGACAAAUGGAUUAAUGCUUGUUCACGUGCGGACAAGUUUAAUGUAAAUAAUGCCAGAAUCUGUGAGCUGCAUUUCAACAAAGAAACAGACUACGAACGUUGUUUGAAAGAAGAGUUGUUAGGAUAUGUAAAUAAAAAUCGUAGGCAAUUGAAAAAAGGAGUAGUUCCAUCAUUAAAGAGAUACAAGAAUAUGAUGGAUCAGAAUGAUAAUGAGCAACCUGUUCCAAGAAAAAAGGGAAACACAGUAUUUAUUUUAGAGAAAUCAAAUAUUUGCAAUGACUUCUCUGGUGUAGGCAAUGUUAAUGUUGAAGAAACAAUUAAUUUAGAAAAUGUGCAUCAAUCUUCCAUCAGAUCCAACAAAACAGGAAUCAAUAUACAAGAUCCUGCAAAAAAACAUUUAAUUGUUUCAGAUUUAAAGAGUAUUUUCAUUGUAAAAAGGCAGAUGCAGGUAACAGGUGAAGGUUCUAGAGAUGGAAAUGAUAAGAAUGAAAGGACAAAUAAUACUGACAGUUUGAAUCAAACAUCACUUCUUGCCAACAUGAGUAAUGAUAACAAAUCUCCAGGUGCUUCAAACAAUCAUAUAAAUUUGAAAUAUAAUACAGAAUUGUUAGGAAAGCACUCUGAAACGAUAUGUAAAAGCUCUUCUCAAAGAUUAUUUAUUACCAAAAGGAGUAUUGCUACUAAUACAGAAGGUGUUUCGGAUAAUCAAAAAACAAUUUCAGAUUUGAAGCAGAAGAAUGCUAUUUUGGAAUGGCAAACGAAGGGCUUGAAGAGCAUCUUUUCGCCAGCGCAAAUAAAGAAAAUUAACGAGCCUCUCAAACGACCCAGAUGGUCUGAAGAAGAUAUUAGCAAUUCCGUUGUUCUUUAUGCAACGGGGCCUAGACUCUAUAAAUUGCUAAUAGGAAAGGGAUACCCGUUACCUGCGAUUGCUACUCUCCGAUUUUGGAUGAAGAACGCUGACAUUAAAAACUUAUAUUUAAAAACGAGGGUACGUACCGGAAUACGCAAGACAGCUAAAAUAAAUUCCAACAAAAGAAUAAAGAUCGUUACAUAACGUAAUAAAAAA